AUGGCAAUGCGAGGAUUACUUUGCGAGGUCGGCGCAGAAGAUGAUGCAGCAUUGCAAAGGGUGCUAGAGGGAUACGAACAAAACUUAUCGGACAAUCCAAAUAAUAUGCCUAUCUUAAAACGUCGCAUUUCGGUUCUCAGAUCACUUGGGAAGACGUCAGAGGCAAUUACCGCACUCAAUGAGCUGUUGGAUUUGUCCCCCACGGAUGCAGAAGCAUGGGCAGAAUUGGCAGAUCUUUAUGUUUCGCAGGGCAUGUAUCCACAGGGUAUAUUUGCACUGGAAGAGGUCCUACUUAUCACACCUAAUGCAUGGAAUGCCAGCAGUCAACUUCUCAAAAAGCCCCCAACGAAUCGGAACACCAAGUCAGAUACUAGUCUACCAUUACCAGAUACAAACACAAUCGAGAAGUUGAAUGAGACUGCUACGUCUAAAUUAUCGGAAAUCGUCCGACGAGGUAGUGCGAAAGAACCUGGUUGGGAGGGCUAUGACGAAGCUUCCCUCAUCGCCGCUCGUGAAUUGUUGAAUAGGGACUCGGGUUCUUUAACUCGUUGA